AGAACAUGAAACAAACAAAAUACAUUUUAAUUCUUUAAAAAAAUGGAUGGAACUGUCUGCUAGAUUAAAUAGCAAUCAAACCAUAGAUGCUGCCCAUCAACGUGUAUUAAAUAAUGAAACUCGGCAUUGGCAAAAUAUAUUUGAGCGUUUAAUGGCAAUCAUUGAAUUUCUUGGUAAACAAUGUUCACCUCUUCGAGGUACAAACGAUGUUCUUUACGAAAACAAUAAUAGCAAUUUUCUCGGACUAGUACAGCUUCUGACAAAAUUUGAUAGUGUUUUAUCAGAACAUUAUUAAUUUUUUAAAAAAAAUUUGAUGUGAUGAGAGUUUUGAUAAAUUUUUAAAAGAUGCUGAAACCGUAGCUCUUGAAUUGGAUAUUGAGGCUUCUUUUACGCAACAAACUUCUAUACGCCCACGAAAACCGUGUUCUUUUCUUAUGAACAACCAGAUGAACCCAUAAUUAAUUUAAAAACUAAAUUUAAAGUUGAAUUAUACUUUUAUAUAUUAGACAUAGCUCUCAAUUCUCUCGAAGAAAGAUUUGAACAAUUACAUAACCACUGCGAUAACUUUAAAUUUUUGUAUGAUAUAAGUAGUCUAAAAAGUAUAACGAAAGAUAACAUUGUGAAAAAUUGUAUGGAUCUUCAAUUGCUACUCUCAGAAAAUGAAAAUGUUAGUAAUUCAGAUAUUGAUGCCAUAGAAAUGACAGAUGAGUUAGUAGCAACAUCCGAGUUAUUAAAACCCAACAGUACUACAUUAGAAGUGUUACAGUUUAUUGUAAAUAAUAACAAUUUUGUACCAAAUGUAGCUGUAGCACUUCGAAUUAUUUUAACUAUGCCUGUGUCGGUCGCAUCUGGUGAACAGAGCUUUUCAAAAUUAAAAAUAAUUAAAAACUAUUUAAGGCCUUCUAUGAAUCAAAAAAGGUUAAGUGAUCUUGCUACAAUUUCUAUUGAAAAAUAAGUAAUGGAAAAU